UCCUUUUUCUUGGAGUGCAGUGUGCGGAGAGGCGCAGAUUUCGCCGACGACGAUGUGCGUUCUGACAGAUUUGUCAAGACGACUACACGAGAUCAGAUCGCCAAAUCGGAGGACUCUAGAACCGGCGUAGAUUGACCGGCAAGCAGCAAACAAUAGUAACACACACGACUCCAGGAGCCGCCGCGGCCACUCACUGGACUCAGCGGGAGUCGGAAGACGGCGACAAUCAAAGGAAGCUUCGUUAAUCACUGACGUCACCUCACCCAGCCUCUCCCCGACUCCCUGUCCCCACUCCCCACCGGAGAUAGAAGCUUCCUGACGCCGACAUGUUCCAGAAGCAAGCAGCCGCCGCCGCCGCCGCCGCGGCGACUUGACAAUUCGUCGCCUCACGUGUCCCCCUGCUUGUCGUGCUCGCCACGCCCAGGAGUCCGCUGACCGCCGCGUCUUCGAUCGCAGUGACCAAACUAGCAUAUAUAAUCUCACACAGCUCGCCGUCUUUGCUGCCAUAUCCAGAUCCGAGACAGAGAAACAGAGCAACAUACAAAACAAUGGCGACCCCGUCAGAGCUACACUUCUUGUUCGUCCCGCUGGUGGCGCAGGGCCACAUGAUCCCCAUGAUCGACCUCGCGCGCGUGGUGGCCGGACGCGGGCCACGCGUCACCGUGGUCUCCACGCCGGUCAACGCGGCCCGCAACCGCGCCGCCGUCGACGGCGCCGUCCGGGCCGGGCUCCGCCUCGACCUCCUCGAGCUCCCGUUCCCCGGCCCACGCUUCGGGCUCCCGGACGGCCUCGAGAACGUGGACCAGAUAUCCGCGGUCCAGAGAGAGCUCUACUACCCCUUCUUCAAGUCCAUCUGGGCCAUGGCCGGCCCACUCGACGCCUACAUCCGUGCUCUCCCGCGCCGGCCCGACUGCCUCGUCGCCGACGCCUGCAACCCCUGGACGGCCCCCGUGUGCGACGCCGCGGGGGUUCCCAGGCUCGUGAUGCACUGCCCGUCCGCGUACUACAUGCUGGCCGUGCACAGGCUGACGAGCCACGGCGUGUAUGAUCGCGUCGGGGAUGACCAGACGGCGGAGUUCGAGGUGCCGGAUUUCCCUGUCCGGGCUGUCGGGAAUAAAGCCACGUUCCGGGGUUUUUUCCAGUGGCCCGGCGUCGAGAAGGAGCACCGGGACGUGCUGCACGCCGAGGCCACCGCCGACGGGGUUGUCUUCAACACUUUGCGGGCCGUCGAGGCACGAUUCGUGGACGCCUACGCCGCCGCGCUGGGCCGCAGGACGUGGGCCGUCGGCCCGGCCUGCGUCGCCGCUAGCAUCGACGACGAUGCCGAUGCCAAGUCUGGCCGCGGCAACCGCGCCGAUGUCGAUGCCGGCGAGAUCCUCUCGUGGCUCGACGCCCGGCCCGUAGCGUCCGUGCUGUACGUCAGCUUCGGCAGCAUCUCGAAUCUGUCGACGAAGCAGUUAACGGAGCUGGCCUUUGGGCUUGAGUCCUCGGGCCGGCCCUUCGUGUGGGCCGUCAAGGAGGCCAAGUCCGACGCCGCCGUGAAGGCCUUCCUCGACGGCGACUCCGGCUUCGAGGCCCGCGUCAGGGACAGGGGCCUACUCGUCAGAGGCUGGGCCCCGCAGGUGACCAUCCUGUCCCACCCAUCAGUCGGCGGGUUCCUGACGCACUGCGGCUGGAACGCCACGCUGGAGGCCCUGGCCCACGGGGUGCCGGCGCUGACGUGGCCCACCAUCGUCGACCAGUUCGCCGGCGAGCAGCUGCUCGCCGACGUGCUCCGCGUCGGCGUCAGGUCUGGGGUCAAGAUCCCUGCCAUGUUUCUCCCUGCGGAGGCCCAGGGGGUCCAGGUCACGAGCGCUGACGUGGAGAAGGCCGUGGAGGAGCUCAUGGGCCCAGGGCCCGAGGCGGAGGCCAGGAGGGCCAGGGCGAAGGAGCUUGCUGUGGAGGCCAGGGCCGCCAUGGAAGAAGGCGGCUCCUCGUAUAAUGAUCUCACGGACAUGAUCCAGUACGUGUCCGAGCUGUCGAGGAAGAGGGGACUCGAGAGGGAGACGAGCUCGACGGCGGCAGCUGCCGUGGCUUCUCCGGCGGCUGAGCUCAGAGGCAAGAUGAACGGCGAGAAGAUCGGAGCUGAUGCAUCGCUGUCAGUGCAGUCCUGAUUGAGCUGCACGUGACGCUGUUAUCAACUUAGGAUUUUGCAUUGUAAUACAGUGUGUACGUACUCGAACAAUUCAUUCAUGUAUGCUUGGCCAAAUAAAGUACUGCUCCAGUAUUUUCUGCGGUUGCACUAGGAUUGGAACGGAGGGUGUCUCUUGCCCCACUUUAUCCUCAAUUGAAAAAAGAAUCAAUUCCAAGACCAGGUAGGUCGAUGUCAGCACGUGGUAGAAGUUGUAAAGAAACUCUCUUUUUUCUGAAGAUUAUCUUGGUUUGACAUGGGGCAGCC